AUUCUCAUUUAAAAGAUAUUUAUCGCUUCCCGCGGUAGUGACUAGUGUGGCGCGUGCGCAUAGACUCGUUAGAAAAUACUCAAUCUAUACAACUAUAGUUAUCUGCAAUGGGAGGUAAUUAUUCAGCAAUGGACCCGAUGGACGUUUCGGUGCCCGACAUCGACAAAUUAUUUGAACGCGACGGUUAUUUAAGGCCUUAUGAAAAAGAAAUACGCCGCAGAUAUGCUUGCUUCAGAGAUAUUUGGGAGAAAAUGGAGUCAUGGGAGGGAGGAAUUGAAGGUUUCACAACGGCUUAUAAGUUCUACGGACCUCAGUUUGGUGCUGAUGGAUCUGUAACCUGGCGAGAAUGGGCUCCUGGUGCACAUUCCAUACAUCUUCAAGGAGACUUUAAUGGCUGGAAUCCGAAGAGUCAUCCUUUCAAAAAACUUGAGUUUGGAAAGUGGGAGCUUUAUAUUCCACCCAAUAGUGACGGUUCUUGCCCUCUUAAACACCAAAGUAGAGUGCAGAUCAUUAUUAAUGACCAUUUGUACAGAGUAUCUCCAUGGGCUAGCUAUGUGAAGCCCCAUGAAGGUUUUACAUAUCAGCAGUUCAUUUAUAAACCAAGUAAUCCUUACAAAUUCAAAAACCCAAAAGUGGACAGGCCGAAAUCCCUGCGUAUCUAUGAAUGCCAUGUGGGUAUUGCCACUACAGAGGGACGAGUUGGAACAUAUACCGAGUUUAAAGACAAUGUUCUACCAAGAAUAAAACAAUUAGGAUACAAUGCAAUCCAAUUGAUGGCUAUAAUGGAACAUGCUUACUAUGCGUCAUUUGGAUAUCAAAUAACUAGCUUUUUUGCUGCUAGCAGUCGGUAUGGAACCCCAUGUGAGCUGAAGGAGCUGAUAGAUAAGGCUCACGAGAUGGGUAUAUAUGUUUUAUUAGAUAUUGUUCACUCGCACGCCUCCAAGAACACGCUCGAUGGACUCAAUGAGUUUGAUGGGACCACAUCAUGCUUCUUCCAUGACGGGCCAAGAGGAACACACUCACUCUGGGACAGCCGAUUGUUCAAUUAUUCAGAAGUUGAGGUGCUACGAUUUUUACUUUCCAAUCUGCGAUGGUACCAACAAGAGUAUCAGUUCGAUGGCUUCAGAUUCGAUGGAGUGACCUCAAUGUUAUACCAUAGUCGUGGUAUCGGUGAAGGCUUCUCCGGUCAUUACGAAGAGUACUACGGUCUCAACGUUGACACAGAGGCUCUCGUAUAUCUUAUGUUAGCUAACGAAAUAGUACACAACGCGGAUAAUAGGGCCAUUACAAUAGCUGAGGAUGUAUCAGGCAUGCCAGCAACCGGCCGUCCAGUUAAGGAAGGUGGCACUGGUUUCGACUAUAGGCUGGGCAUGGCCAUCCCGGACAUGUGGAUCAAGUUGCUCAAGGAGGAGAAAGAUGAGGACUGGAAGAUGGGCCAUAUUGUCCACACUCUGACCAACAGACGCUGGCAGGAGGGCACCGUCGCGUAUGCCGAGAGUCACGAUCAGGCCUUAGUGGGUGACAAAACAAUUGCGUUCUGGCUAAUGGACAAAGAAAUGUAUACGCACAUGAGCAUAAUGAGCGAGCCCAACCCAGUGGUGGAGCGCGGCUUGGCCCUACAUUGUAUGAUAAGACUCAUCACACAUGCACUCGGUGGUGAAGCUUAUCUGAAUUUUAUUGGUAACGAAUUCGGCCAUCCCGAGUGGUUAGACUUCCCCCGGGCUGGUAACAACUCAUCAUAUCACUACGCGCGUCGCCAGUGGAAUCUCGUGGACGAUGAUCUGCUCAAAUACAAGUUCCUGAAUCAGUUCGAUAAGGACAUGCACGCGUUGGAAGAAAAGUACGGCUGGCUGCGAUCUGAUCCAGGAUACGUAUCGUGUAAACAUGAAGGGGACAAGGUGAUAGCGUUCGAACGUGCGGGAUUAUUGUUCGUGUUUAACUUCCACCCGUAUCAGAGUUUCACAGAUUACAGAGUCGGUGUGAAUCUUCCUGGAAAAUACCAGGCAGUAUUAUGCUCGGACAGUAAAAAGUAUGGUGGUUUUGGUCGGGUUGAGCCUGAUGGAGAGUUCCAUUUCACAAUGAAUAUUCCUUGGGGAAAUAGAAAUGAUUCUGUGCAGGUUUAUAUUCCAUGCCGCACUGCCAUUGUAUAUGCUAAGUGUGAUUAAAAAGUUAAAAGAAGAUCUAUCUUUUCAAGUUGCUGGAAGUAUCUAUAUACCUAUUCAUACAUUUUUUAUCGCAAUAUCCUAUAUAAUAUCAAUACAAUAUCAUAUAUAAUAUCCUAUAUAAUAUUAUGGAUACUAAAUAGAAUUACAAAAUUGCACUGGUAUAUGUACAACCUUGCCAUUUUUUGUAUUGUAUAACAAUAAUAUUGUUUUAAAGUUAAACUGCCAUUGUAUUGUUUUCCAAUAUUUAAUAAACCUAUAAAGUAUAAACUGUAAUAUAUUAUAUU